AUGACCCCAGUGCUGCUUCUUACUCUGGACCAGACCAGAGCGUGUGCACAGGAGGAGGAGGAGGAGGAGGAAGAGUUGAGCCACUUCUCGCUGAGGCUGGAGGGGGGCCGGCCGGAGUCGGAGGAUGAGGAGGAGCGCCUGAUUAACCUCUCUGAGCUGACCCCGUAUAUCUUGUGUUCCAUCUGUAAAGGUUACUUAAUAGAUGCUACUACCAUUACUGAGUGUCUUCAUACCUUUUGUAAAAGCUGCAUUGUGAGACAUUUUUACUAUAGCAACAGAUGCCCAAAAUGCAACAUAGUAGUACAUCAAACACAACCUCUUUAUAACAUAAGGUUGGACCGACAGUUACAAGACAUAGUGUACAAAUUAGUGAUCGAUCUAGAGGAAAGAGAAAAAAAGCAAAUGCAUGAUUUCUAUAAAGAAAGAGGUCUAGAAGUGCCUAAACCUGCUGCUCCGCAACCAGUCCCUUCAAGCAAAGGAAAAUCUAAGAAAGCCCUGGAAUCAGUGUUUCGGAUUCCACCUGAACUUGACAUGUCUUUAUUACUGGAGUUCAUUGGUGCUAAUGAAGGCACAGGACAUUUCAAGCCACUGGAAAAGAAGUUUGUCCGAGUUUCAGGAGAAGCAACUAUUGGGCAUGUAGAAAAAUUCCUCAGAAGAAAACUGGGUCUGGAUCCAGCUUGUCAGGUAGAUAUCAUAUGUGGUGAUCACCUGUUGGAGCAGUAUCAAACUCUAAGAGAAAUCCGACGUGCAAUAGGUGAUGCAGCUAUGCAGGAUGGUCUGCUUGUCCUUCAUUAUGGUCUUGUGGUUUCUCCUCUGAAAAUAACCUGAAAAUUCUAGAAGUAUUUUGAGGAGGGAAACAGAGUGAAGAGGCUUCUUCUACAGGACUGCAUCUCACCAAAGAUUUUUAUGAAAUAUGUAAUUGCUACCUACCACUUUGUGCUGUUUGAGUAAGAGUUUACCUAUUUUCAGCACCAAGAACAAUAGCAUUUAUAAAUACAACUUAGACUGAUGGAAUGCACUAUUUUACUACAGACUGUUUAAAAAAUAUCCAUAGCUCAGGGGUAAAAUUUUAAACAUUGCAUUUUAAAAUUCUAAUUGAUUUAAGAACCUUGACGUUGAUUUUUGCUUCCUUUUCUCUGAGGCAGAUCAGUUACUGUGUUCUUCAUUGAGCCAUAGCCCUUUCACGUUGGUGGCUGGGAUUCUGCUUUCAGGGAUGGUAUCACUUGGUCAGUCAUCCUUUGGAAAAAAGUGUGCUUUUGAGCUGGAGAGAGCUAAACCCUCUUUGUUUAACUCCAGGGUAUGAUCUCAGAAAAGAUCAAAAGUAUUAGCCAAUUUUGCAUUUUUGCCAUCUUAGUUUCAACUUUAAAAAAAUAAUAACAGCAACACUACUAAAGGAAUGUUACUGAAUUCUAAUAUGAAUAAAUUAGCAUCUUCUAUGUGAAGAGAAUGUUUCCUAUAAGAAGAUAUAUGGACCGUAUUAUAAGCUUUCAAUGUAAUAAGACUUCCUUAAUAUAUCCUACAGCAAGGUGACUCUGCUAUGUCAGUUUGGUUACCACUUAUUUUAUUUGAGUACAUAAUGUGGUGUGGAUCCCUUGUAACGGCACAGAUUCUUCAAGUAAUAAAUGUUAGAUGAAUUUGA